CUGCGGGCACCGAGUCGACUGGCGGAACAGCGGGCACCGAGCCAACUGGCGGAACAGCAGGCUUCGAGUCAUCUGGCAAGACUGCGGGCACCGAGUCGUCGUCGAUCUGGCGGAACAGCGGGCACCGAGUCGUCUGGCACGACAGUGGGCUCCGAGUCAACAGGCACGACAGUGGGCACCGGGUCAUCAGGUAUCGGAUUGUCUGGCUCAACAGCGGGCAUCGGGUCACCAGGCAUCAGGUCAUUUGGCUUGCCAGCGGGCACCGCGUCAUCUGGCAAGGCAGUGGGCACCGGGUCACCAGGUAUGACAGCGGGCUCUGAGUCAAUUGGCACGACAGCGGGCACUGGAUCAGGUACCGGAUCAUCUGGAUCAACAGCGGGCAUCGAGUCAACUGGC